GCGGAACGGAAGGGAAAAAGAACAGGGAAGGGAAGGAUAAACGGUAAACGGUUGCCGUGACACACACACACACACACACACAGAGUAAAUCUCACAUGCAAUUAGCCGAUGAAAUGAGGAAACCUUCUGGAACGAGGGGAUCCUUGUACUAUUCUCCUGAUAAAAAGGGUGAAUAUAUCCUUAGCUAAGAUAAGCUGGAGGAAUGAGGAUUGAUAGGUAUCUAUCUAAUUGGUGGGAUUAUUUAUCAUCGGAUAUUGUCCGUCAGUUAGCUUUCAUCCUCUUCCUCAUCUUUGAUCCUUCAUUAUUAAUCCAUUCCCUUAGUAGUGAACUACUUACUACUAUUAUUAUUAUUAUGUGGUACCGACAUCUUCCGAUAUAUUAUCCUUACUAUGGAUACUUCGUAAUGAAGGUUAAGGGAAUAUAUCCCUAUCCCACAUACACGUGGACAUCCCACCAUAUAAAACAACUUACCAACAAGUAAGAUAAAAAUAUAUUAUGCCGAAUCACCGACCGGCGCGGCGCAACAAGCGCUUCCUGAAUAUUUAUCAUCCACCCAUCCAUCCAUCCAUUCCUAUAAUCCAUCAGGAUCUUGAAACAGACAGACAGGUACAUACAUACACCCCACUUGUUUCAAGGGUAUGUACCUCAUAGCUUAUCAUGAAUGGGUAGUAGAUGGAGAUGGAUGGAUAAUGGAACGAUGGAAUGUUCGUUAGGCGCCACGCUUACUUACUUACUAUCUACUCCUUAUUUACUUGGGUACCCAACCAACUAAUCAACCAACCAACCAUUGCACCAUCGCAGUGUUGCAGCGGUGUCAUAUCCGAGAC